GAACAUAAGGAGUUCCAUGCAGACACGUGGAAGAACUUCUGUACAGUAAGGGUAAUGAAGCACCAGAGCAGGUUGCUCAGAGACGUUGUGGAGUCUCCUUCUCUGAUGGUAUUCAAAAUCCAUCCUGAUGCCUACCUGUGCAACCUCUUGUAUAGAACCUGCUUUAGCAGGGGAGUUGGACUCGAUGAUCUCUUCAGGUCCCUUCCAUUCCCAUUCCAAUCAAUUCUGUGAUUCUAUGAAUCAUAGAAUUGGAGAAUCUAGAAGUGCUGAAUGAUCGUGGAAACAUCGUAGCAUCUACAAUCUUGGAAAUACAGUCAAGAUACACAGCACUGUGAUAGAAUGGAGGAAAAAAAUUACCCUUAAUUGCCCUUGAAGUACUCUGAAAUCAAGGAGUCUAGAAUCCUCGCAGAACUUGACUCAGGCAAGCAAACACUAAGGACCUCAGCCUUUCCCUCCCUGCAUUUCCCCCACAUCUCAGAAAGGAUGAGAAUUCUCCUGUGUCCUCCUUCAGUUGCUCAUAUACUUAGAGCAGCAUUUUUAAUUGUCCUUAAUGGCAGAAGGCAGAUGAAGCUCCAGCUGUGCUUUGCCCUUCUAAUUUCUCCCUGUGGGGCCUUACAGCACCUUUGCAGUCCUAAUUUGGUGCUGGACAGAAGCAGAUCAGCAUUAACAGGAGUUAGUGGGCACAAAAUCACAGUUUGCUUCCUCGCUCCCUCAGAGGGAAAUUUUGCAGGGAGCGAGCUCACAACUGAUGGCAUGGAACAGCAUCACUCGGCACUGCUAAUGGAAUGGGUUAUCUCAGAAGUCAAAGCACUGCAAGUUACAAGUGCUCAGAGGUUUGCUUCCUCAAAAGAUGUACUUUAAAUUCCAUUUCUAAUACUGAACUUAAUACAGGGAGGGAACUGAGGUUUAUGAUCUUCCUGAAAGGAAUCCAACACCACUGUGCCCUUCUCAAAGCUUCCUUUUGUGGGGAGGUCUCUGACUCUCAGGAAUGCGGUCGGAGACGCAGCAGCACACCACUGUGGUUAAAAGCUGUGAGUCUACUCUGUUGUUCAGCACUGCUCUCUUCAUACAUGUUAACAGAGUGUUCUGCAAAAUACUCUGACCGUUCACAAGGGCGCUUAUCCAGUCAGAGCUGUGAGACCUUCUUUCUUCUUCCAAAGGUGUCCUUGGUUCUCAUGCUGCUUAUCUUGCUCCACAGCUGCUGCUCUGAACAGUUUCUCUUGUAUUCCCACCUCCUUUGGCAUAAUUCAUGGAAGGAAGAGUGCUCACGUGCACUACACAAACAAAAAGAGCAUCUCUGACCUCAUAGACUUGCACAUUGCAAUGCUAAUACUCCAUGGGAGAAACAUAAAAUUACCCCAUUUGUUUCCUGCAAUUGAUCUGUCUCCUUUAUCCACACCAAGCAUAUAUUCAAAAAUUUCAUUUGCAGCAAAAACGUGGAGGCUAAAGUUAAAAUACAACAACAACAAACACACUACUUUACGUGUAGAGAUUUGGGAAUGUGUGCUGUCUAUGAGGAUGGAGUUCUAUCCUUCAGCAUUCCAAUAGCCCGUGUGCUUUAAAGCACAGCACUCGAGCAAUUUUUUCAAGUUGCUGUUGUGUUCUGACUCUCUGACUCUGGAUUCUCCGAUUUCUUGAUUCCACACCAAUGCACAAAGCUGUGCUCAGAAACAACCCCUCAUGUGUCAUUCCCGUUCCUUCCUCUGCAUUGUGUCACCCAGCUCUGGGAACACUGCUUUUGGAUCAGAUCCUGCAGGCAGCAGAGCUCUUCCCGUAAGAAUGCUCAAAGACCAGAAGUGAAAGCAAAAUUGACAGAUUGCACAUAACGUCCAGCAGCAGAGCAUCCGGCAGCAGAACAGCCUCAGUGGGGCUCAGGCCGCAGCUGCUGCAAAGCCUGUGGUCCCUUGGCGCCCGGGGAUGCUUUCACCUUCAUCUUCCCCUCUGAGGAUCGAAUGAGCGACUCGUGAUCCCGUGGAGUCUGAGUUUAGGUGAUAAAUUGCAUCGCGUGCUGAUGAACAGCUGAUCGCCGAGGCUCUGGGUGAGUGAGAAGUCAGGGGAGCUGAGGAUUCUAGGUAGUAAGAAAGCUGUGCUAAUUGCUGGAAGUUCUGUGCAACAGCCAUCUAUGCUAAAGCUGGAAGUUGUAGGUAAUGGUAAGCAGUGCUGCUUGCUAGAAUGUUGAUGGAUUCCUGCACUCAGCUUGUAAGCAGGGCCCUGAGGUCUGUCCUCACACCUGCCAGGGAUGCCACAGUGGGAUAAGCAGUGGCUCAUGGCAAUCCCAAUGCCCUGUAAGCCCACGACUGUGUGCACAGCUGUGCGUGAGAGUGGCUGGGACAGAAACAUCUGGGGGAGCUGGGAGGAGUGCAGUGGGGAAGUAAUUGUUUCCACAUUGAUGAUUCAGCAGCAACUGUGACAGAGCAACAAAACUCCACUGCUUCGUACACACGUUCCAGAAUUUGGAACUGCUGAACUCGAAGCAGGUAUUGUAAAUACUUCGGCCUGGCUUGAUGUGAUGCAGACUGUUCCUUUAAACAACUUGAGCUCUGAAAUUGAAUUGUAUGUAUAAUUAACCAUUCAAAAUUAUUGGGCUUUAGGUGAUCCUUUAGCACUGCCAGGUGAAACACCAUCUGUUGGAUUAUGCUAAAUUAUCAAAUUACCCUAAACUAAACAAGGCAAACACAAGAUAAAUGUCAUCCAGACCCAGGUUUUCACUUUUCACCAAAUGGUUCAGGAGUGACCCUUGGUGAAGAGCCUAACAGCUGUUUGCUCUUGCUCUGGUCCUAAAAUCUUCAUGGAAGCUCCUGUUGUAACCACAGCACGGUAACCAGUCAUUCUGGAGGAAUUCCCAGAAGAAGGUUCUUGUUCCCAUUGAAUCAGGUGAGAGUCCCAAAUAUCCUGAAAGGCUCCUGCUGUAAAGAACUGCAUUUCCAAAGCCUCUUCACUGCAGCAGCACUGUGCUGAACAAUGGCAUCAGGAGGCAGGAAGGAGAACGCAGUGGUCGAGCUCCUAUGGUACAGCCUGGAGCAACUGGGGAAGCAUGCUCUCACAGAGUUCAAGGCUGAACUCAGCAAGAUCCAGCCUAAGGAGGGGUACGAGUGCAUCGAGCUGGAGAGUGUGAUGGAUCUGUCGCCAGCAGCGCUCGCCAGCUUGCUGUACAGCCACUUUGGGCAGUCCCACUGUGUGGAGGUGACAGCAAAUGUGCUGUGGGCCAUGGGAUGGAUGGCUCUGGCCAACGAUCUCCUGGACAAGCUGAACCAGGGGGCAAGGUUUGUUGAAUGGAGCAGUGACCUCCUAAUCCAGAAAGUCUAUAACGUGGAUGGGACCAUGAAGGAACUCCUCCAGGAAGGUGUGCUGAGCUCUGAGCAGCAUGACAGCAUCAUGGCAGAGAGCACCAACCUGAAUAGAAUGCAGAAGCUCUAUGAACUGGUGCCAGCAUGGGACGUCACAGCCAAAUAUUGCCUAUAUGAUGUACUGAUGAGAAAUAAUCCCUCCAUCUUCUUGCAAUAUUUAGCGGAUACCAGGGCUGAAUCAUGCUUUGAUGAGUUCGGGAUGGAAGAACAAGAUACCUCCUGGACCGGUCCUGUGACAUAUCCAGUGAUCCAGGUGUCCAGUUCUGUGAGCUAUCCAGGUGGGAUAGAAGAACCAGGCAUCUGCCUGUCCAGUUCUGUGAGCUAUCCAGGUGGGAUAGAAGAAGCAGCAAUAUCUGAGAGCACAGACACAAAUUGGAGAAAACUGAUGGGAAAUCAAAAUCUGUUCACACCGUGUGCGCCUCCAGAACGUGAGCCUCCACAGAUGGAGAGUGACAGUGGCACACACUCAGGUGCCAAAUGCAUGGCGUGUCCCUGGCCAGAGGAUGACAGGGCAGAAGAAGUGAAGCCAGAGAUUACUGGAGGCAAAGAAGGCAAGAAAGAGACAUACAGAGCUCAUUUCCCUCGGGCCGGUUUCUUCCGCUGUGCUGAGACAGAGCUCAAGUUCCUGGUGAGGACGGCCACCACUGUUGAGUACAAGUACUCCUUCUGGGAACGUCACCUGCCUGAUGGGAUCCCCGCUGGAUGGAUGGAGGCUGGACCGGUGUUCGACAUCCGUGCUACGCUGGGUGCUGUCGAGGCCAUUCAUCUCCCUCAUUUCCUGUGUCUCGCAGAGGGAAAUGUGAACACGUCUGAGAUGCGUAUCGGCCAUGUCGUCAAUGGGAACCUGCUCCUGGAGAAUCCUGAUGCAGUGAAGCCAUUCCACGCAGAGUUGAGGGACCCCAGUUUCUCCCCCAUGGGAGUCAUCUUGCUUUCUGCCGCAUUCCCCUUCAUCCCCGUGCACUCCCUUGUGCUGCUCUACCGUGUCAUCAGGGCUGCCGACAUCACCCUUCAUCUCUACCUCAUCCCCAACAACCACGGCCUGGAAAAGGUGGUGGACAAGGAUGAGAAGAGACGAGGCCAUUCACUCUUGGUGAACAAACCUCCCCAGACCAAACGACCGCUGAACUUUAACACAUGGUACCGCGUAUCUGGUCCUUCACAGGCAGAGAUAAACCCUCAAGAGCUGAAAUUCGUUUACCUGACAUCAGACAGCCGCCAGCUCCACACCGAGAUCUACAACAAAGACCUCCAGGAGGGAAUGCAGCUCACUUUGAUGAAGGUCGCCCAGGAGGGUGAAAAGGAGUGUGACCCACUGUGGGCUGCCUUCCUGAGGGCAGGGGACAUUGAGCCUCCAGCUGCCUCUCCUCCUUCGUACUCAGCAGGGCUGCAUUUUGUGGAGCAGCACCGAGAGCAGCUGAUCCAACGAGUGACAUCUGUCAGCACUGUCCUGGACCGGCUCUAUGGGCACGUCCUGAGCAAUGAGCAGUACCAGAGCAUCCGAGCAGUGCCCACCAUGCAGGAGCAGAUGCGGCUCCUCUACAGCUUCGUGCCCAGCUGGGACGUCGCCUGCAAGGAUCUGUUCCUGGACACUCUGAAGGCUACCAACAGUCACCUCAUCCAGGACCUCCAGGGACAGUGAAAACCGUCUCAGGGAGGUUCUGAGUGAGCUCAGCUCAUGGGCACCUUGGGAAGAUGAGCCCCUGGAUGGGCACUAAAUGACUCAGGGAGCCCUGAGCUUGGGUAGUCUUUAACCCAACCAGCCUGCAGGAGAUCCCCCCUAACACCCCCUUAGUCCCUGCUGCCACAGCGCUGACCCCAGAGCCAUCCUGUUAUGCCAUCAGGGACCAGGUUCAUGCUGGUGUGCCAGCACACAGAGCCACAAUUAAGAUGGAAACCUCUUCACAGAGCUUUCUCUCUUAAUUCUGCAGAACAAGGAGCUUGGCAAUCUUUUGCUAAGGCAGCACUACCCAAGAUAGAAGCACAGUUACUCCUACAUGGACGUUUACAAGGCGAUCUCUUUUUAUAGUUUCUAAUUGGGUACUUGGUUUCAUCUUUUCUGGGCUUGCUCUUUCUGGGACUGGAAGAUUCUGUCUCAUUACAAUCUCAUUUUCAUGCUGAUGGUAUCAUGCUUUAUCAAGUAAUUAGCCCUUAAUGAGCCUAAAGGCCAAUUUCAGGGCAAUUUCCCUUCCUUGCUGACACCAGAAUAUUAUCACUUUUGACACACUUGGGGCUGAAUUGUGCCCUUUUCACUCAUUCUUCCCAUAUUUGUCAUCAAUUUUUCCCACUUUUCUGUCCUUGGGGGACAUCUUUGAGACUGCGAACCCAUUGUUUUUCCCUUUCACUUUUCUUCGGUGGACUCUGGGAGCAAUGCAUUAGCAGCAAUUGCUUCCAGAGAUAAAGAAAUGUACAGGGACAGUUUUCCCUAUCCUCACGUAACUCAUUUCAUUUAAAUUGACCUUUGUGGUUCAGCCAUUCAGGUCUUGUGAUUCCCAAACACACCAGGGCAGGGCAUUAUCCCUCCAAUAAUAACCUCCAACAGAGCAAGAAGAGCAACAUUAAAAGUACCAAAGUAUCAAAUGCUUAUUGACAUAAUUCCACCGUUGUGUUGGCCUCAAGGGAGCGGGAGGUGGUAAUGUGCAUGAUACACAAGGUCAUCUGGGAUAUCGGCCACGUUGGGCCCAAGCUGCAAGGAUGGGGUCUGGGUCUGACAGAGUGGGGCCUGAGGAGGUGGGUUCUACACAGGAUUAUGUGUCUCCAGGGGGUCUUCAUGAGGUAUAGGUUGUCAGUGGGGCUGGGCUCCAAGGGUUAUGGGGUCCCCACGGGGGGUAGGGUCUCCACAAGAUACAGCUUGUCAAUAAGAUGGGCUUUCAUUCGUUACAGGGUCUGUGUGGAAGUCAGGGCCUCCAAGGGGUGGAUCUUCCAAGUGUUUACACAGUCUGCAUGGGAUACAGGGGGGUCAGCAGAACUGCUGUCCUGGACUUCCGGAGGGCAGACGUCCAGCUGUUCAGAGCAGCCAUGUCCAAACCGUGGCCCAGCACAGCUUGCAUUGCAGUGCAGCCGCUCCUCUCAUCAGUGUGCUGCGAACCCGACCCGGGCUGAAAGCAGGGACAGGGAGGGCGCAGCGCCGCGCCAGCUCAGGUUACGGCAAACCAGUUUAUGCAUUUUAUUACGUUGCCUUACAGUCCUGUGAGAACAAAAAAGAUGCAGCCAGGUUUUUUUGUGAUAAAGGAAUGCGAGGAUAAGUUUCAACGUGACUGCCUAAAAAAAUCACUAGUUUAUUUGUGACUCCAUUUUCUGUCGAUGUAAGUACGUUCCCUGUGGAUUUGCAACCGGAAUCUUAGUUGCAAAUAAAGUUGCAAUCAAAAAUCUGA